AUGCUCAAUUAUUACCAUUCUCAUCUACCUACGGUAAUUGGAACAUUAAUAAAGGAGAACAUACCCUGCUUCCAGGUUAUAUUUACAAAACGUCAACUUGCGUGGACGUCAGUCCUGCACGGAGCCAUGAACAGUAAAGACGUCAUCACAGAUUCAGAUAUCCUCGAUGGUCUAAGCAUAAAGUACCUCAAGUUCUUCGGCUUAUGGAGUGUCAUAAACCGAUACCGAAGCACGGGGAAGAGAAGCGGAAUAAUCAAAUUCAAAGUAUUUCUAACACUCCUUCUCUCAAUUCCUUAUAUUUUCUGCCAGUAUCUGAGUUAUUUCGUGAUUGAAGUCGACUUGCAGAAAGCUACGUUCUUGAAUUUGCAUUCCUUGCCUGCUCUGCAGAUAUGCUCUAAAGUUUUGGUGUUUUGGUUCCGGAUUGACAACGUUUGUAGGCUUUACAACUUGAUACGGAAGGAUUUUUUGACUUUGCCAGAGAAAAAACGCGAUGAAGCGAAGAACAUCUACAAGAAGAUCACAAGAACUUCUAAUAUGUUGUGUAAGGCUGCAUUUAUCGUUAAUUCCAGCAUCGUGGCUAUGUAUAUAAUUCAACCAGGGAUAUCUGUUGACUAUAUACUGUAUCAUACAGGCAACAUGGGCGCUGUAAAAGGAGGAAGGAUGAAGAUAAUGCACGGUUGGUAUCCAUUGCCCAUAGAUAAGUAUCCUUAUUACGAAGCCAUAUUCGUUUACGAAACGAUGCUUAUCAUAUGGGACGGUAUACUCCUGGCUGUGUACGAUAGUCUAUUUUAUCAACUCCUGAUGUGUCUUUACGCACAAUUUACAGUACUCGGACAUCACUUAGCAACCUUAAAAAUAGAAACUACUGAAGUUCACAAGAUUACAUUCUAUCACAGUCGUUCUCCUAUAUACAAGGAACUUUAUAAUAUUAUAAAAGAUCACAAGAAACUCUUAAGGUAA